AAAUUGCUGAAGGUUCAGCAGUAGUAACAAAAGAACGUAAAUUAGAUCCUUCACAUCCUUUUGUACAAGGUACAGAAAAGGGAAAACACACGGAUGAGAUUAGUGUCACCUUUUCCGCAAGUAAGUCUGCCAUAUCAUCAAUAUCUCAGGAUAUCGCUACACGAAAGGCCGAAUGGGAUACGGAAACUGAUCGUGAUGCGCAAGCAUUGUUAGAAAAGAAACUA